AUUAUUACUUUUUCUCAAUCGUCUUCGCCAAAUUGAAAUUGUUCGUCAACAAGGAGUUAAUGAAACAAAUAAUCGAAUAUUUACUCGAAUCGAUCAGUAUUCUUAUAUUGCGAAUUAUAAGAACCUUAUAAUUACAGUAUGCAUUUCUCCUGACUGGAGCAUAUAAGAUUCUAUAAAAUUCCUAUCUGAUUUCCGUACUUUCGGUCGCCUCGGAUUUUGGGUGAGAAACAGUUUUUAUAGUUUCCGAAACACUGUUUCAUCGUAAAAAAUGACUAAUGUAAACGAAAAUCUCUUACUAGAAAUGUGUUGACUUGCUCAACAGCAAGCAAACUCUGAAAUGUUUGCGACACUGGACUUCAGAUCAAUCUUUCGACUUUCUUGCGCUCUUUAAGUCUCUUUAUUAUUCAUAUGAUGCCGGAAAAAAACCUUGAAUAUGGUAAGCAUUUUAAUCUGAAAAGUAGCGUAGCGCUAGCUGAAUGUUUUAUGUUAAAGGAUGUUAAAUAUUAAAUAAUGUUUCAUUUUUAAUCAGAAAUGUUUGCUCGUUGAUGAAGAAAGUUUCAGUCUCGUUUGUAAAAAGAGCAAACUGAUUAUGCUAAACGUUUUCCAAUAAAUAGAUUAAAUCUUUCUUAAGGCUCGCUGUUCCCCAAAAGGUCAAGUUUCCAAUUAAGGUGCAGUUUUGUAAUUUCCAUGUGCUUAGAUAGAGAAGAAAGUGCGCUACAAACAGCCAUGAAGUUUCUUUCUACCUAUAUAUUUAUACCUUUCUUCAGGAAAAACAUGAAGUUCUUGUGGAGAAACCCCGAUUUCCUGAUUAAAAAACAUGAAUUUUCUUGUGGAUCAUGCUAAUCGACAAAUUAUUGAAUUACAAGAGAGAACAAUAAUUUCAGAAAAAAUAACUAAAAAUUUUUGGUUUGUUGUCAAGAGAGUUAUUCAAGUACCGGCUGAGCUUCAGGUGAAAAGAACACAUUUAGAAUUUGAUUGAAAUACAUCUAUUUUGAAUUUUACACGAAAUUAAGUGAUGUCAAAUGUGAUGUUGAAUCGACAACAAUUGCCAUUGCUUAUCCAUUAAAUGCCAUUUAUGAAUCACCAUCAUAUCAAAUUUUACCAACACAACCACUCUUUGCCUAUUUACCACUUCGUUCAUAUGGUUUUCGUUUUAUUCUUCAAGCUGAUUUUGAAAUUCCAGCUACUCGACAAGAAAUUCUACGUGAUAAUAUGUGA